ACCGGUUUAGGAGGAUUUAAUUUACUGUCGGUUCCUGGUUGAGCUGAACCUCCGCAGAGAGACAGAAGCUCUUUCUGUAGCAUCAUGGCCAACGUAGCGGAUACCAAGCUAUACGACAUCCUCGGAGUUUCACCAUCUGCCUCCGAAAAUGAACUGAAAAAGGCCUACCGCAAGUUGGCUAAAGAAUAUCAUCCCGACAAGAACCCUGAUGCUGGAGACAAGUUUAAAGAGAUCAGUUUUGCGUACGAGGUAUUGACUAACCCAGAGAAGAAGGAGCUUUAUGAUCGCUAUGGAGAACAAGGGCUGCGGGAGGGAGGAGGCGGAGGACCUGGCAUGGACGAUAUCUUCUCCCACAUUUUUGGUGGAGGACUCUUUGGGUUCAUGGGGGGACAAGGAAGAGGACGCAAUGGAGGCAGGAGGAGAGGAGAAGAUAUGGUUCACCCUCUAAAAGUUUCUCUUGAAGACCUCUACAAUGGCAAAACCACAAAACUGCAGCUCAGUAAGAAUGUGCUGUGUGGUGCCUGUAAUGGUCAAGGCGGUAAGGCAGGAGCAGUGCAGAAGUGUGUGGCAUGCAGAGGACGGGGAAUGAGAAUCAUGAUUAGACAGCUUGCCCCUGGGAUGGUCCAACAGAUGCAGUCAGUCUGUACGGACUGCAAUGGAGAGGGUGAGGUGAUAAAUGAGAAGGACCGCUGCAGAAAAUGUGAAGGUCAUAAAGUGUGUAAGGAGACUAAGCUUCUGGAGGUUCAUGUGGACAAAGGCAUGAGACACGGACAGAAGAUCACGUUCUCUGGAGAAGCUGACCAAGCACCAGGCGUUGAACCAGGAGACAUUGUUCUGGUGCUGCAAGAGAAAGAACAUGAGGAAUUCCGCCGUGAAGGCAGUGACCUUCACAUGGUCCAACGGAUCGGCCUGGUUGAAGCUCUGUGCGGCUUCCAGAUGACUGUGGCACACCUGGAUGGACGUCAGCUGCUUGUCAAGUACCCACCUGGCAAGGUCAUUGAGCCAGGCUGCAUUCGAAUGGUGAAAGGAGAGGGAAUGCCUCAGUACAGAAAUCCCUUUGAGAAGGGAGACCUUUACAUCAAGUUUGACGUCCAGUUCCCUGAAAACAACUGGAUUAGCCCAGAAAAACUGAACGAACUUGAGUGCUUGCUGCCUGCCCGCGCCGAGACUCCCGUUAUCGCACCAGAUGCGGAGGAUGUUGAACUGACAGAUUUUGACAAGAGUCAAGGUUCAGGAAGUGGAGCCCGGCGAGAGGCCUACAACGAUAGUUCUGAUGACGAAGGCGGCCACCAUGGCCCAGGGGUGCAAUGCGCACACCAGUAGAAAGACUCAUACAUAGACAUCCAGACACAUAAAAGCAUAUAUACACAAACACCCCUUAAGUCCCAUAGCUUACACCGUUCAAGACUUGCCUCACAUACAUGCACAUUUCUCUCUUUUCAUGAUUCACAUGAAAAAGAGACACACAAAUACUUGUACACAAAUAUCCACCCUCCUCAGUUCCAUGGUGCCCAUAAAUCAGAAAUCCUGAACGUGUGAUGCCCGUUUUGUGUUUAUGGACUGUAGUGCUCAUCAAAGCCUCCAGCAAGAAGUUGGUCUCAUUCUCAGAGGUUCACUGGCCGAACUUGACUCAGAUCUCUGUUUUCAUCCCGAGCUUUUUCACUUUCACUGCUGGAAACACCAGUGUCUAGUGUAUGAGAUGCAAAUAUUGUCGACUAUCUUGUAAAAGGUGUAGUUUAGUCAGUCACACACAACCGCAUGCUGCUUCUUGCUGAAGAUCUUGGUCAUGUAGAUCCAGGGCUCAGACACUAGAGAGAAAUCUUAACACCACACAUGUUUAAAUUGAAGUGUGUCGCAGCUAUCAGAGCGCCCUGCUGCCAUCAGUUAACAUCAUCACAUCCGUAAAAUUGUGUCCUCUGUAUAGCUUGCAGAGAACUGCACGUUUAACCCACCCCAUUCUCUGAGGUUGUUGUUUUUGUUUUUUUUGUCUGUUUGUUUUUUUACAAUGGGACGUGCUGGUUUUGUUCAGUUCCUUGCUGUCUCAAAUUAAAUAUUAAAGCCCUAAGUAUAGAACCUGCCAGCCAGGCAUUACGUUUUAUUUUAAUCUGGAGUUUAAGUUUUUUUUUUAGUUUGUCUUUGUUGUGAGAAUGAUAGUGUGUCUGAGACUACAUGACUUGAAGUUGUGUGCUCUCGACAUGAGGACACACUUGCGUACUUUUUAUGUGUGCAAUGCAGUGGCUCAGUGUGUGGGAGCUUCUGUGGAAUGUUCUGGCUUUUUAGGAUGGUAGGUGUUCCUGCUUUGUGUGGGGCUGCAGUGCGAGUGGACAACAUACAAAGUCAGUUGAGGAGGAAAACUGAAUGUUUAUUUGCUGAAAAUAUUUCCAAUUUAGACCGUCGUUCUGCCGCUAACCCACCGGGACCGACACAUCCUCCUCUCUUGCAGGAAAACCUUUGGGCCCUCCCCCGUAUCCUCUGUAUAAAAUGUAUCUCCAUCGUAGCGUUGUUAACCAGACCUAUGUCCCUUGACAUAUUAAAGAUACUCCCAUCUCCCAUGCACCUGUAAAUAGAUACAAUCCCAGUCCAUAGGUGCAUUCAGAGUCUACAGCAGCGUUCUUCUGUAGUUACAACUUUUUCUUAUACAAGCGAGUGGCCUUCAGCGCCAACUUAGAAGUGUUGCGUUCUAAUGAAAAUUAAUGGAACCACUGUAGACUGUUAACAUGCACCUGUGAGACUUAUUAUGUAUGUAAGUUUUGGCCGAGGGGGGUAAUGUGUACACAACUGAAGGGGGUCAUUGUUAAAAUACAUUAUUGUUGAUGCUUAUGGUUGUCAAGAUAAUAAUUAAACUGUAUAAUAAACAACUAA